AUGUUUCCCAUCGCCCCGCGUGUCGCCAUUAUUCGACACCCGACAUUCGAUAUUCUCCUCCUCAAACUCAAACAGUACCAGCGGCCCCAGUGUUCCCGACUGUCGACUUUUGGCCAAAGAUUCCAUUUCUUUUUCGUGAUGCAGCCUUACGAUAAUGACCCAUCUCUAUCAUCGGCGGUGUCUCGAGACCUCGAAACCGGCACCCUCGAAAGCCAAACCAUCAGCACUGCACCGACCAGUACUGCCGCCCCUCAGUUACCCAUAGUGGCCUCCAUACCAUCAUCAAGGGUCAAUCUUCAACCGCUAGCCAGUUCGAACACUCUUCCUGCUUUGAUCGUUGGAGAAGGUCGACGGAGCAGGGCUCUCCCGAGCAGCGCGACAUGGGCGUCUUCUGUGGGGGAUUUGGCCAUGUUGUCAGACACGGACGAGAUCCAGGACCGUCGAAGAUUCGUGCAGGAGUAUAACCGAUUGGCCAAGAGGCACGGGAUUCGAGCACUUGCGGUGGAUGAAUUCGAGGGAGGAGUGGUGGUCCCGAGUACUCCGUUCAACGUCAUCGGGACAUUCGCCUACUUCGCGAGGAUCACCCCACGCAGUCCGUCACAAGCGAAGCGGCCUGUUACACGCGGUGUCUUCCGCAUUCCCGGUUCGCUGCGUGUUGUCAAUGCAAUUUUUGACUACUACUGCUAUGAAAAACCCGGAGAGGAAAUUACAAGUACCAUACGCUGUCCUACUCUACCAUCACAUAUCAACGCUGGCGCGCAAGACGUAGCUUCGGCUUUCAAGAAACUACUGUCCGUACUUCCGGGCGGUAUCCUCGGCUCUCUCCCGCUUUUUGACGCGUUAGUCGCGAUUCACAGUCAGCUUCGUGGAGAGCCGGAACUCAGCAGGACGAAAGAGACGAAGCUUCGUGCUAGGCUCAUUGCCAUGGCUAUUGGAACAAUCAAGUCUCACUUCCGUCGAGAGCUGAUAUGCGCUGUAAUUGGCCUCCUAUCCCUCAUUGGACGAGCUGCCGAGACAGCGGCCCGUGAGGAUGAACAGGGCCGGCCACUUCCAACGUCAGAUUUGAUGGGAUACGCAGCUUUGGGAAUCGUUUUUGGCCCCCUCCUCGUCGGCGACUUGCUUGACUCCUACGCAAUGAAGCUUGCAAAUCCUUCUUCAGGUCUAUUGCUUUUUCCUCUCACUCCGCCGCGACUGAAAAUGGAACGGCAACGUAAGGACACCGCACAGAACGACAAAGGUCCCAUGUCUGUCGACAAAAUUCAUGUGGCGAACGACAUCACCGAAAUGCUCAUCUCAAAUUGGAGAGAAGUAGUGCGGAAUAUGAAAAGCUUAUCGAGUUUCCGGGAGUCAAAUGAAGAUCUGGAGAGCACGAGCCGGCGGAGGUUCCUUCGUUCAUCAAACUCUGACUCUCUCGCCGUUGGAUUGCCUAGAGGCUGGAAGAGCAAGCACUCUUCGCCGCGGUCUUCGACCAGUCGGCAGAGGUCACAAUCACCCACCACUCCCACACCAGCAUCAACGGAGGAAAGUAUGGCAGAUGAUAGAAGCCUUAGGGAGAGCAAGCUGGCGUCAGACAUGAAAGAUGCUUCACUGCGCACCCAGGCAUUAGAGAAGGGUUCGCCGGUUAGGUCCAAGAAUACACCACAACCAUCAUGCUCAAACGCCAUCAAAUCCCACAAGACUCCUCAAGAAGGUCUGAUCCGUUCAUCCGGGGACAUCGAAAAGGAUCAGACGUCGGUUGAAAUGGACCGCAGACUGGGGAGCCGUCGUGCUCAGCGUUCAAUCGAGAGCCCCCGUGUAUCAGAUGAAGUGAUGCCCGGAAGGAACUCAUCGAAGGCAUCUUCUAAACCGUUACCGGGGUACACGAGAUCUGAGAAACGCGUCUGGCCCUCAAGGCAUACAUCGCCGGACGCUAUGAGCCCAUAUACGCCCACUCCAUCCAACAAUGUCUUCAUCACAGGACCGACGUCAGAGCAUGUGCCAUAUGUAGAAACCGGCGGUCGUGAGAUUGACAGCGGCGCAAGGUGUACUGGGAGCAUUCUUGACGAGUCUCUUUUGGCCGGAGCGAAUCACAGAAGCAACAGCUUCGAUGGUAGCCGGUUAGGUGGCAAGAAACCAGACGAAGAUAUCCCAAUCAACUCUUUCAAGGCCGCAGAGCGUAGCAUCCAUGGCAGGGGAUAUUGCACAACGCUCCCGAGCAUCAAGUUUGAGACCUGUCAUGACGCCGGCGCGCCCUUCUGGUGGGAGCUUUGGCAGUUCAACGCCAUCACAUGGAUCUGUCUCGAAACCAGUCGGAUUGAUGCUCACGGAGGUGCCUUGCACCUCGGCAGGCCAUCUCUGUCACAACUUCGGCGGACGCCAGAUACCUCGAGGCAUGAGAAGUCUCUUCCAAACAUAACUGCUCGGGACGAUGACAGGAAUUUGCCUAAUCUUGGGACAAUGACAAAGCCCGCCCAGCAGCCUCCUAUCGCACAGCAUGUCAUAUUUUCCCGUCCCCCAUCCACACUAUCAGUGCUUCAACCGAGUGAGGAUGUCGUUCCAGUACGAGCAGGAAGCCCAGGCAACAACUCCAUGCUUCAUGCACAAAUUCGCAAUCUUCGGAGGCAGCUAGAUGUUAAAAAUGAGGAGAGCGCGUUUCUUAGGCGUCAACUUGAGACCAGAGAUAAUUUAGACAUUGGAACACUCAGUGAACAGCUACGAGUGGCAAAACGAGAGUGUGCCAUGUGGAAAUCCCGUGCCGAAGCCGCAGAGAAGCGAGUGUCGGUUCUCGAACACUUCACGCGGAGACUGAAGGGUAUCAAAGGAGGAGAUGCGCAGAACGACACUGACGGAACAUUGCAAAGCGAGGGAGAGAGCACCGAGACGGUGGCUACAGAAGAUGGAGAAAUUGUGGCGGAGAGAAUCAGAAGGGCGAUGAGGGGCAUGGAUGGAACGAGAAGCAGCGAUGGCCGGGCUGCGGCUUGGUGGAACGACAACAGGCACGGUAGUGGCGCCCGACAUUCGGGAGGCCUUGGUGGACAUCAUUGGCCGAAAAUAACAGAGGAAGCAUUGCUUCAGGUUUGGGAGGCGGCACAAGAGCUGCUAUUGGACGACGGAAAUUGA